CACAGCGGUAGGAGUAGUAUGCUUCUCUGAUUCUCUAUCUCUGGCAAGCAGACAGCAGCAGCCUACCCCGAUCUGCCCCCGCCCGCCGCCGCCGAUUCACCGCCAGCAUCAGCAAGCGACGACUCCGGUCGAGAUGGCGGCGUCAUUUGUCUCCUCGCUCACGGCGCCCCUCAUCUCCGCCGUCCUCGGUGGCGCCAUCGCCCUCGUCUUCCUCGCCGGCUACCUCCGCCGCAAGCGCGCCGCCAUCGCCCACAUCCCUCCCUCCGCCACCGCCGCCGCCCCGGACCAGCCCAAGCACGUCCGCCCCUCCAACCAGGCCCAGCACAAGAAGGGCCACCCCCGCCCGCAUCACAACGCCGCCGAUAAGGAUGCUGCCAAGAAGCACCACCAUCUUGAUGUUAACACCUUGAGGGGGCACACUGACUCAGUCACUGCACUCCACUUCUCCAAUGAUGGCGCCAACUUAUCCACCGUGUGUGCUGAUGGAGCUGUAAGGGUAUUCAGGAUCGAUGAUACAUCAAGCAAGAGCUUUAAGAUUCUGAGGAUAAACUUGCCUGCUGGAGCACAUCCUACCGGUGUUGCUUUCUCGGAGGGCUCUUCAUCUGUUGUUGUGGCAGCACAGGCUCUUCUGGGCUCAUCUCUCUAUAUGUAUGCGGAUGUCAGUGCUCCUCCAACAGCCCAAAACAAGCAGCAGGGUAAGCUGUCUCCGCCUGAGAUCAAGUGGAGUCACCAAAAGAUUCAUGGAAAGGAGUCAGUGCUCAACCUUGCAGCAGCCCAGGCAACUCAUGGGCCUGGAGAUGGGAGCACUAUAAUUAUUUCGUGCUCAGAAGGUUUGUUAUUUCCUGCUAAGGUUACUUACCCUAGACUAUCUGCAGCAACCGAUAUCAAAGUUUGGCACGGGAAGAGUGGAAAGGAGUUGGGUACUGUUGACACCAAUCAGCUAAAAAAUAAUAUGGCUGACAUAUCCCCAAAUGGUCGCUUCAUAGCUGCUGCAGCUUUUACUGCUGAUGUCAAGGUGUGGGAGAUAGUUUACUCAAAGGAUAGUUCAGUGAAAGAAGUUAAUAAAGCCAUGCAACUCAAGGGUCACAAGAGCGCUGUUACUUGCUUGUGCUUUGCCCCAAAUUCUGAGCAAAUUAUCACUGCAUCCAAAGAUGGUUCCAUCCGAGUAUGGAACAUUAAUGUAAGGUAUCAACUUGAUGAGGACCCAAAAACCUUAAGAGUUUUGCCAAUUCCACUGCAUGACUCAAAAGGUUCGGUUUGCCAAUAUGAUCACAUGAGCAUCUCUCCUGAUGGUAAAGUUCUGGCUGUAACAAGCGGAUCAACAUUGCAAUGGUUAUGUGUGGAAACUGGUGCAGUUUUGGAUACAGCUGAGAAAGCUCAUGAAGGUGAUAUAACUGGCAUUGCUUGGGCUCCACGGAAAAUUCCCAAUGGUGGCGUGCCUGUAUUUAUUUUGGGGACUGCUGGUGUGGACAAGAAGGUGAAACUUUGGUUAGCUCCACAGCUUGGUUCAACAUGAGUAAUGGAGGACGGAGCAUUUCCUAACCACAAGGUCACGGAAAGAAAGGAAACAAGAAUAGAAGAAAACAGGGGAAGGCCUUGAUUUGUACUUUAUAUGCACUGAAGCAUACAUAGUUGCGGUCCUUUGAGCUCGAGGGACAGCACUGAGGCAGGCCUGUGUGAUGAGAGAGUGAAACAUGGAGACUGCACGCGCACGUGCCUAGAGGCAGUAGUUUCGCUAUAGAUUGUGCCAGGUUUUUGAAAUAAAUUGAGUGUUGUCUGCAAUUUUAUUUUUCCUUUACUUUUGCUGGGAAUGGUUGUGCAGGCAAACUAUGUGGUUUGAUAGUGUUUGUUAUACCAAGUGGUUUAUUUUAGUGCCUGGAA